GUAGUCUAUGUGUGUACGCAUGUAUUAUUUCUGCUUAUCUCUGAUAUAUGAAAAGCAGAACAUUUUAGGGAUUAAGAUAUUUGCCUCCAUUGCUGUUUGUAAGCCUCUGCCCCUGACCAGGCACUGCUUGCUGCUGGGAAUGUGAUAAAUGAGAGUGCCUGCCCUUGGCUGGUUCACAGUCUGUUCCGGAGACAGAUAAGUAAGGCAACAGUUCAGUAAGGUGCGGAUGCUGCUGCGAUAGGAACACAAAUACAGCUUUGAGCUCCUGCAGCUCAUGAUUCUUCAGGGGCUUAUUGGCUCGUCCUACUCGCUCUUUACUCAGUGUAUUUGAAGAAGAUGCUGGCACCCUCACGGAUUAUACCAACCAGCUGCUCCAGGCGAUGCAGCGUGUCUACGGAGCCCAGAAUGAGAUGUGCCUGGCCACUCAACAGCUUUCUAAGCAACUGCUGGCAUAUGAAAAACAGAAUUUUGCUCUUGGCAAAGGGGAUGAAGAAGUAAUUUCAACACUCCACUAUUUUUCCAAAGUAGUGGAUGAGCUUAAUGUUCUCCAUACAGAGCUGGCUAAACAGUUGGCAGACACAAUGGUUCUACCUAUUAUACAAUUUCGAGAAAAAGAUCUCACAGAAGUAAGCACUUUAAAGGACCUUUUUGGACUCGCCAGCAAUGAGCAUGAUGUCUCAAUGGCAAAAUAUAGCCGGCUUCCUAAAAAAAAGGAAAAUGAGAAGGUGAAGACUGAAGUGGGAAAAGAGGUGGCCGCUGCCCGGCGGAAGCAGCACCUUUCAUCCCUGCAGUACUACUGUGCCCUCAACGCGCUGCAGUACAGAAAGCGGGCGGCCAUGAUGGAGCCCAUGAUAGGCUUUGCCCAAGGACAGAUUAACUUCUUUAAGAAGGGGGCAGAGAUGUUUUCCAAACGUAUGGACAGCUUUUUAUCCUCCGUUGCAGACAUGGUUCAAAGCAUUCAGGUGGAACUGGAAGGCGAAGCAGAGAAGAUGCGGGUGUCCCAGCAAGAGUUACUUUCUGUCGAUGAAUCUGUUUACACCCCGGACUUUGACGUGGCUGCACCACAGAUCAACAGGAACCUCAUCCAGAAGGCUGGUUACCUUAACCUUAGAAACAAAACAGGGCUGGUCACCACCACCUGGGAGAGACUUUACUUCUUCACCCAAGGCGGGAAUCUCAUGUGUCAGCCCAGGGGAGCCGUGGCUGGAGGUUUGAUCCAGGACCUGGACAACUGCUCCGUGAUGGCGGUGGAUUGUGAAGACCGACGAUACUGCUUCCAGAUCACCACUCCUAAUGGAAAAUCGGGGAUAAUCCUCCAGGCAGAGAGCAGAAAGGAAAACGAAGAGUGGAUAUGCGCCAUCAACAACAUCUCCAGGCAGAUCUACCUGACUGACAACCCCGAGGCAGUCGCCAUCAAGUUGAAUCAGACGGCUCUGCAGGCAGUGACUCCCAUUACAAGUUUUGGAAAAAAACAAGAAAGCUCCUGCCUCAGCCAGAACCUGAAAAAUUCAGAGGUGGAAAAUGACAAGACUGUUCCCAAAGCAGCAGUCAGUGAACCUGAAGCAGAACAACUGAUUGCACCUGGAACACCGAUUCAGUUUGAUAUUGUACUUCCUGCUACGGAAUUCCUGGAUCAGAACAGAGGGAGCAGGCGUAUCAACCCUUUUGGUGAAACUGAGGAUGAAUCUCUUCCAGAAGCAGAAGAUUCGCUUUUGCAACAGAUGUUUAUAGUUCGGUUUUUGGGAUCAAUGGCUGUUAAAACAGACAGCACCACUGAAGUGAUUUAUGAAGCGAUGAGACAAGUAUUGGCUGCUCGGGCUAUUCAUAACAUCUUCCGUAUGACAGAAUCCCACCUGGUGGUCACCAGUCAAACCCUGAGGUUGAUAGAUCCUCAGACCCAAGUAUCAAGAGCCAACUUCGAACUUACCAGUGUCACACAAUUUGCUGCUCAUCGAGAGAACAAGAGACUAGUAGGCUUUGUCAUCCGUGUUCCCGAGUCCACAGGAGAAGAGUCUCUAAGCACGUACAUUUUUGAAAGCAACUCAGAAGGCGAAAAGAUAUGUUAUGCUAUUAAUUUGGGAAAAGAAAUUAUUGAGGUUCAGAAGGAUCCAGAAGCAUUGGCUCAAUUAAUGCUGUCCGUACCACUAACCAAUGAUGGAAAAUAUGUGCUGUUAAACAGUCAACCAGAUGACAAUGACGGAAGUCUAAGUGAAAAUCGAGGGGCAGAAUCUGAAGCAUAACUCACUUGCGCCUGUGGGGGAAGAGCACACAGGAAGGGGAGCUACCUCCUUAAGGGUUUUCAACUUCUCUGACAUACAGGCACACUGACCUGCUUUCAGAAUGCUGACAAUCAUUUGUGGAAUGUACUCUUGAUGCCUUGAUACUGAGACUUGGGAGGGAAACAGUAAGAAAUGGUUGACAACAUUCCUACUCAUCUACAGAUGUUAUUUUAGGUGCUUUGUGUUAAGUCCUUUUCUUAGAUCGCAUUGUUCAGCACUCAGAACAGUUAUGAAAAAUGCAUUGUUCACUUUAUUUGAAUGUCAUCUCUUUUCAGUUUCCAGUAUCCUUUUUUAAAAAUGGAAAAAGCCUAGAUUUACACUUUGAUAAACACUAAAUAUUUCCUAUUAAUAUAAUCUAUUUUUAUAUUUUACUUAAUGAGCUUUAAGUGCCUGUCAUUCUGAAAAGUAUUUAUAAUCCAGCACAUAAUUGGGUCAUAAAUGGACCUAAUAGCAUUAUUUUGUGCAGUUAGGUGACAAGCACUACUUUGAAGCCCAAGCACUAGUAGAGAUAGAUGCAGGUCUAGUUUUGGUAACUGUUCCAAACAUCAUAAUAAAAAGACUAGCCAAUGAGUACCACAAAAGAUGGUUUACAGUGGAGCCUUACUGAACCAGCAUUCAGAAGUUUAAGGUCCUCCUAGAUACAAUUAUUUUAGUGGUGAAUCACUGUGGACAGGGUGCAGCUCUACCAGUUCCUGUUUCUUCUGAGCCAUACCCUCCCCUCAAGGAGGAACCAAUUAAUUUUAAAACUCACUUGAAGCACAACUGGUUAUGGGGCUUGGGAUACAGUUCCUGUUUCCACCCUGAUACUUCUGGUUCCUAGAAUCCCAGCCCACUCCCCUAUCCCUCCUACCCACCCCUCCCUACCUAUGAAAUAAGAAUAAUAAUGAUCUUGUAUUGGUACAGUGUGUUUAAUUGUAACCCAAGUUCAACAGACUUAUCAUCUUUGUAAUAAAUUAACCUAUCAAUAAAAAUUAUUCUGUCUUUUG